AUGUUAUGUUAGGGCCCUUAGCGAUAGAGUUAGCAGUUUAAAUCAUAUUUUUUGAAUUUUCGUCUAAUUUUGGUGAUUUUAGUGUCUCCAAACAACGUCGGCCAGGGUUCCGGCCCACGCUCGUGCCCUCCAUCCGAGCGCCAAGCCCAUUCCGCGCAGGCUGAAGUACUGCCGGCGGUAAUGGCCCCUCCUCUGGUUGGCCAGCACCCAACCGGCGUCCCAGAGGAGGGUAAAGAGGGGCCAAGCCCAGCAUCUGGCCUCUCUGGCUUCGGCCUAAAUAACGCCCCAACCGUUCAGGCCGAGCACCUGCCGGCGGUUGAGGGCACGGAGAGAUCGAGCUCACCACUCGAUCUCUCCGCCCCCAGCACGUUGCAGUUCUCGCCCGUCUACAGUCCCGGGCACUCAACGUUGCAUGGGGUCCCCUCAAUAAACUCAAUGGAAGUCUUCGAUGAGGGGGAAGACUGGGCGGUGGACGAGACGGUCGAAGACAGAAUCGACCGUCUCGAAUACGAACGAAAACUAUGGAAGACCGAAUGCCGGAAGAUGUGGCAGAGGCAAUCGAACCUCGAGAAAAAUGUGAGGUACUAUGAAGGGGCGGUUGAAGAGGCCCAAGCUGAAGUCAAGAAGGCCAAAGAAGAAGCGGCCGCCGCAAUCAGAAAAGCGGAAGAAGAAGCCGAAAACAAGAUCAGCGAGCUCCAAAGAAAAUAUUUUGGGGCCCUGACCGAAGCGGACCGUGCUCAGAGGAAGCAAAAGGAGGCAGAAGAAGAAGUCGCCCGUCUCCAACAACGGCUCAUGGAGAAUUUGAAAAAGGCCGCUCCUCGUUCACCAAGAAAAGAACGCUCCAGAAGUCCACUGACAACGGCACGGUCACGAACUCCCGACGCCCAGCCAAGUGCCUCGCCGACACCUGAAGCCGAACCAGAGCUUUCACAGCCGUCCUUCGACGUCCAGGCUGUAGAACAACAACAGCAUGAUGCCCCAGGGCCCCUCCGAAGAAUGCCCAAGUGCAGGAGGCGGUGCUGCCAGCCGCCGCCUCCUGUCAAUCAACCUCCUCGGCCUCCCCGAAGAUCAAGGGAGGCUGAACAACUCGGCCCAAUCAUUGAAGCCGUCGUCUUUGAAGACCGGCCGAGGAGGAGAAGCCGUCAGCCUCCGGCACGCCUUGUCGUAGACAUGGUGCGCAGGAGCUACGCAUCAAUGCGUAACUCCUUGAUGCCUCGUAAGUUUAUUGGCUCUUUUUUCACUUUUUAGGCCAAAAUCCUCUAGAAAUAAACCAAGUUCAGGUGUUUUUUUAAUAAAAAAUACAUUAUCCAUGUAUAAUUCUCAAUAAUAUCUGUUUUUUUUCAGGCAGAAGGACCCGAAGGACCAAUGUUCAUGACGAGCUUCCUGGGUUCCUUGGGUAA